UUGUCCCGAUAAUAAUUUCACCCUGAUAAGAUAAGGGAAAGUGGUUUUGUGUCAUUGACCAUUUCUCCUCUUUGACAGGCUCGGAUGGCUGCAAUGGGCAUAAUCACGAAAUUCACCAACUGCAGAAUUUUGCGAGACCACAAGAUCUUUUGGGAAGACCUUUGGGUCCGCGACGGCAAGGUCAUAGAUCCUCUGAAACUUUUCUAUGUGGAAAAGAAACAUUACGACCGGGUCGUCGACCUGGAAGGCGCUCUCGUCUCACCGGGAUUUAUCGACUUACAAAUAAACGGUGGUUUCGGUGUGGAUUUUUCUCAUGACUUAUUGAAAGAUCCCUCUGGAUUGGACAAAGUGGCCAAAGGGAUUCUAGCUCAUGGUGUCACUUCGUUUUGCCCGACAAUUGUCACUUCCAAGGCACAUGUCUAUCAAAGGAUAUUGCCUCUUUUGAAGCGGCGAAAAGGUGGCAUAUGGGGUGCUGAAAUUUUGGGAGCACAUGUUGAAGGACCUUUUAUAAGCGCCGAAAAGAAAGGGGCGCACUCUGAGGCUGAUAUUUGUGAAUUUGAAAAUGAAAUUUCAACUGUUCAACAAAUAUAUGGUGAUUUGAACAACAUUAUGAUAGUUACAUUAGCCCCAGAAAAGAAGAACGCAUUGAAAGUCGUAAAUGCAUUAUCAUCUCAAGGAAUUGUUGUUUCAGUAGGACAUUCCAUGGCUAGUUAUGUUGUUGCUGAAGAGGCCGUAUUAAAUGGAGCAAAUUUAAUAACACAUUUAUUCAAUGCCAUGUUGCCGUUCCAUCACAGAGAUCCUGGUAUUGUUGGUCUUCUAGGAAUGGAUUCUAAAAGCACAGUAUAUUAUGGCGUCAUUGCAGAUGGCAUUCAUACACAUCACUCAACACUAAGAAUUGCAUAUAAAUCACACCCUGAAGGUGUCGUGCUCGUCACUGAUGCCAUUUCAGCAAUGGGCCUCGGAGAUGGAAAUCAUUAUUUAGGGGAAAAAGUCAUACAAAUAAAAAACGGAAGGGCCUGCAUAGCAGGGACCAGCACACUUUGUGGGAGUGUUGCGACAAUGAUCGACUGUAUUUCUCAUUUCAUAAGAGCCAUAAGAUGUCCACUUGUUGAAGCUUUGGAAGCCGCUUCUAUGCAUCCAGCUGCUGUCUUGGGAUUAGAGACGAAAAAAGGGACUUUAAAUUACGGAAGCGAUGCAGACUUUGUGGUACUCGAUGAUUCCCUUUCCAUCUUAUCAACCUGGAUCCGAGGCGAGUGCGUGUAUUCUAAAAAAACUGAAAAAUGAUAUAAAUAUACAUUUUUGAUAUUUUUGUACUACUCA